AAGCACGUGCAAUGUUAGCCAAAGAGCCAUAAAAGGCAAGCAUCUACUUGAAGUUAUAAACUCCAUUUUUUGUUCCACGGGAGCUUCGGCACACCGAUCCAAAGGCCCUAUAAAUCGAAGCAAACAUUCGGUUUUUUGUUUAUUUGUUUAUUCUAUUACACUUUGCCAACAUGGACAACAACAGCGACAGCGAACACAGCAGCGGUCACGGCCACGGGCACAGUGGUGGUCACGGCCACGGUCAUGGUCAUGCACAUGGCCAUGGUCACAGCCAUGAGCAUGGGGGUUGCAGCGGCGACCACGGUGACCCAGAUCUUGCAGGUGCAGCCAGUAACCAGGGAGAAGACGAGGCCAAGGCGUUGUCCGAGGUGAUCGCAGCGUUUUUGUUCUACAAGCAAUACACUGUGAAUGGCGGUAUUUACCGCCGGCUGCACCACCUUGACAACCUGUCCGAGCGGCAUCGCAGCAUCGUUUCGUCGGUGGGAACGAUAGACAAGAUCAAGAACGCCGAGAAACUGGUCCGUGAGAACCAACAGUUCCUGCUGAGCCUUGUGCAUGCUAGCACGGUUGACUCCAUGCCUGAUCCGGCGGACAGCGAGAGCGGGUUCAAGCUGUGGUCCAAGAGGUUUUUCGAGUUCAGAGAAAAAUCGGGCAAGUCGCCGGUGGCAGACCAGCAUAUGGACAAAGUGUACAGUGUGCUGAAGCAGUUUGUGCGAGACUGGUCGGAAGAGGGCAAGGAGGAGCGGGAGCAGACGUACGGGCCGCUGCUGGAGUCGCUGGAGAGUGAGUUUGCGCAAGUGCCUCCCGAGUCUCGCGGCGACCUGCGAGUUUUGGUUCCCGGCGCGGGGCUCGGGCGGCUGGCGUACGAGAUCUGCUGCCGCGGGUUCAGCAGCCAGGGCAACGAGUUUUCGUUCUUCAUGCUGUUUGCGUCAAACUUUAUCCUCAACAGUUCCGAGCAGGUUGGGCAGUACAUGAUCUACCCCUUUGUGCACCAGUUCUCUAACGUGGUGCGCGCCGAGGACCAGCUGCGCGCGGUGCAGAUUCCGGACGUUCUGCCCAGCAAGCUGCCAUUCCCACAGAGCGCCGAGUUUUCCAUGACUGCUGGCGACUUUAUCGAGGUCUACAGCGGCGACGAGGAGAAGGAGCAGUGGGACGCUGUCGUCACCUGCUUCUUCAUGGACACGGCGAAGAAUGUGUUGGACUAUCUGGAUGUGGUGUGGAAUGUCAUGAAGCCCGGUGCAGUGUGGAUCAACCUGGGCCCGCUGCUGUGGCACUUUGAGAAUGUCGCCGACGAGUCGUCGAUUGAGUUUACGCGCGACGAGUUUGUCGAUAUUGUCAAGCGGUUUGGGUUCGAGUGGGAUGAGCAGCAGUUCAAGGAGUGCGUGCCAACAUCAUACACAGCCAACGGCAGGGGCAUGCUGCAGUACACGUACCGCAGCUUUAUGAGCGUUGCGCGCAAGCCCAGGUGACAAUGUAUGAGUAUAUGAGUAUGUCUAUAUUGCUGCUAAAACUAAUAGACAAAA